GCACCCCAGCCAUUUCUGGACAAAAGCUUUGGGACUCAUGAAAAUUAAACUAAGAUCAGGUCCCCUCUCUCCCCUCCCACAGCAGGUAGCACACAUGUAGAAAGCUGCAGGCUGAGCUGAACUAGAUGAAGCAAAGCAGGGAGGAGUCAGAGAAUGGAAAAUGAAAGCACUGGUCUGUAUAAUCUCCGUAGCAGCUGUCCUGAGGUUUCUUUAGAGUUGACGGCACCGUUUUGCAGGAUAGACAAAUACUCUCCACCCUGAUGGGGUCUUCUACCUCCUCACCUGAACCUCCACUUGACCACAGGCCAGCUUCCUCCCCUGAACCUGUACCUGUACCUGCUAAUCUCAUGUCUUCCUUCUCACCUGUGCCUUCAAAAGCUGAAGAGCCCCAACUUAAAUUUGUUCGGAGAAAGGAUGAUAUCACAGGGGAUGAUGAGGAUAUCAUGAGAGUGGAACUGUCUUGUGGACACGCUACAGAGCCUCAGUCCUUAGCAGCUUGGUGCCGAAGUCUGUUAGACCAGGGUUACUUCAAUUUUCAUUGUCCUGCUGAUGUUAACGGGCAAAAGUGUGGGGAAGAGUGGUCCUACCAGGAAGUCCGGCAGAAUGCCUUGCUAACUGAAGAAGAGCAAGAGGAAUUUGAAAAAAAGCUGGUAGCAUUUGCAGCUAAAUACUACAGCGAUUUAAAAGAGUGUCCCAAAUGCAAGAGCUUUGUGGAACGCAAGGAUCUGACAAACCUCAGAGUGCACUGCAUCCUCUGCCUGUCGCUGAAGGGAGAGCAGUUUGAAUUCUGCUGGCAGUGCCUGAAGCCCUGGAAAGGCAGUGGAACUUCCUCUGUGAAGUGUGCCAAUGUCGGAUGCAGGAACCAGUCUCUGGACAUCUUGGCAAACUGCAAACUGAAGCCUCUCCCAGGAAGUGAAAUAAGAGACUGUCCCUCCAUUCGUGCUUGCCCCACCUGUGGGCGCCUCAUUGAGCACAAGGAAAAAUGCAAAUAUGUCAUGUGCACCCAGUGUCACGUUGAAUUUUGUUUUGCUUGCCUUGAAACUGCACAGGAAUGCCAGGCCAAGAAACAUGGCACUUAUUUUUUAUACUGUACUAAGCCAGUGGCUCCAAGACAAACCACAAUCCCUGUGUGGUCUCGGAAAUAAGGAAAAUCCUUCCUGCCACACAGACCAGGGCAAUUGAGACAAGGCUCAGGGUCCGUGCUCAAAUACACCACUCGGAACGCCCAGGCUGCGCAUUAUCCCCCUUCUGUCACAAGAAAGACUGCUGGAUAGAUAAGGAGACUGAGGCAGAAGGAUAGACCCCUCCCCCCCCCCAUGUUCCUCCUCAGCCCUCUGUCCUUUUAUAAGGCAUUACACACGGUCAUAGAAGACAGCACCUCCCAACGUGCUAGUGGGCACUGCAGAGAUACAUUUUGUUGGAGGCAGGGAAAAAGUUUUGGCUUAUGGAAACAGAUUCUUUUUUCCUUUCUUUAAUUAAUUUAAAGAGUCUGCCUUGGAACAGGAACAAAUCUGGAUUUAAGUUAUUGCAGGAGGGUGUAGGAAGGUUUUCUGCAGAAGAAGAGAACAAAGCUUACAAAAACUCUAUUUUUCUUUCCCAAUGCUUCCACUGUCUACUCAUAGCCUACUCCUUCAUGCUUCUGGCUCUUUCACAAAAUAAAAAUGUGUAUUUCUAACAA